UAUGGUCAGUUCCUAGUAUACUUGGCGCGAAUCGAUUAGCACCGCCGACGAUUUAUCAGAACCCGCGAGAUUAUUGAUUUCGCUUCCCCGAUACACGCACUUUGUCGCUGUUGGUGAGCGUGUGUCCGCCCAUCUGACCAAGACCAAGACUAACCACACUGGUACUGAUCGCACAUACUGCACAACUGCACUUGAUGCACACACUAGGUUAGUCUCAGUUCCUUCGCCGUCGAGGUCCGGAUCGGUUCCGUGUCUGCAGUCGUCGUCGUCGAUCGCGUGCUUUUUUUUCGGGAAACAUUGUGCAACAUUUUUGCAUCGAUCGUGCCGAAAUCAUCCGCGAUUCACAAUCGCUAGAGCUAUCACUCGUUGGUGAGGAGGCGAUAAAUUGCGAUGAUCGUUUCUUGGGUGAGGAUCGUUCGCGCGGAACAGAAGCGGUGGUGAAGACGAGAUCGCGAUCGCGCUGGGUUCUUCGGGUUUUGUCUUCUUUUGUCUCGAUCGUCGUCGUCGCCGAGAAUUGUCACAACUCGUUCGGGAUUCUUCGCUGUUGCUGCUGCUUCGGGUGUCAAUCGCUGCAGUUCUGCGCUUGGAUUGUUGAAGAAUUUUGGAGUUUUGGCGAUCGGGAGGUACGCGAUCGUGGUUCAAGAGGAAUUUCCUCAGGUUUUUUUGCUGGCCUUCAGGCAAAGUGAUAGGAAAAAGCCGUGACAGAAAUCGGUCCGUAAAUCGGUGAAAUUGCGUUGCAUGUGUGCAGCGGCACGACCACUUGAAUAAAAUCAGAGAAUCCCUUUGAGUGUGUCGCGUGUUUGAGUGUUUUAGUGGAUCAACCUUUUUUUCGCGGAAGGAAAAGUACCUUUGGUGCGAAACAAAAGAUUGCCGUGAAAAAAUUCGAUUGUGCGAUCAAAAAAUCGUGCGUGCUUCGUUCGUGAUGGUCGAAUAAAGUGGAGGAAAUAAAUAAAAAAAAAAUAAUAAAAAAAAUCCCCCGUCGUUCCUGUUGCCAUCUUCGGCCACGGCACUAAAAUUUGUCACAUUGUCGUUUCGAAGUGGUGUAGUGUGUAAAAAAAGCCGAAGGUUUCGGCGUGUGUGGGACGGGUUGACGACGCGCACGAGUUCGCGCCCCGUCAUUGUAGUGGUGGCUCUGCGUGCGCGCGCGACACAAACACAAGCGAUCCGCGCGACGCACGUGCGCUGCUCGCGAUCCCGCUGAAAGUGUGUGUGAUCGGAUUUUUUUUGUUUGUUUUGUUUCGCCUCGCUGUGUUAUUGUUUUGGACAAUGUGUGUGACGACGGUGCGACGAAGCUGAAUGGAAGUGUAGAGAGCAAACAAACCCAGCAGAAGCAGCCGAGGUUUCACGCGGUGUUCUCCUUCAUCAUCAUCAAAGUGAUUUCCACCAAAAACAAGCAGAGUGGGAAACAGUGAAGAAGAGGAAGAUCCACGAUAAGUGUCCGUUAUUUAUAGCCGAAAACCCGGCGUUUGUGUGUUCGUGUGAGUGUGGUGUGGAAAAUUAUCACAAAUCUCAAAUCUGAAGGAAAAUUCCGUCCGAGGAAGAAAGUGUCCGUGUUUGUGUGAUAAAUGUCGGAAAUCUAAAGCAUCUAGUGUAAAUAUUAGAAGCUGGUGUUUUGUUUGGAAUAAGUGAAGGAGGUUUAUGAAAAGAUAAAUUUCUCAAAUUGAUAAGUUGCGAUUCAGGAAUUCGCCGCAGGCAACCAGUUUUGGAAGUUGGUCAAAGUCCAGAACGCAAUCCACGAUUACUAGUCAGGUCGUCACCGUUGAGUCCGCCAAGUCCACCGACCUUCUUCAAAAUGACUACCCCCGCUUGUCACCCUGGCCUCCCCGGGUAACACGGUUCCGCCCGUUUUGUGGCGUGCACGCCGAAAAGCCGAUUCCGCCCGGGGCCAGAGCCAGCGGCAGCAGCAGCCGGAUUCGGGUCAGCAGGCCGCAGGUUCCGCCACCAACCAGAAGGCGCACUCCUCGUCGGUCAUCCUUCGGCAGCACAAGCUCUGGCGGACGCAUGACGCGGUCACGCUGCUCGGUGGCAAUUGGAGGAUUGCUCAGAAACUAGGCCUGCACUUGCGCAGUAUAGAAGAGCCUCAGAGCAGGAUGCCCGCCGAGCAGGGGGGCACAGUGGGGCUCGAUACUUCGUUGGGCUCUCGUUCUGGUGUCCCCCUGCCACCACUCCACAGCAGCAGCAGCAACAACAACAACAUCAACAGCCAGCAAUCUCCCGUCACGGUCGGCAGCAGCAACCAUCAACAGCAGAACCACCUGCUGCUGCACAACAGCAGUAACAACCAUCACAACCAUCACAACAGUCACGGCAGCCACCUGCAGCUGCUGCAGAGUUCCGGAACCGGUUCGGGACCCACCGUCGGCGUCGGCUACGAUGUCGAGUUUGCCCGGAUGGAGUCGUGGCUGGACGAGAACCAGGAGUUUGUGCAGGACUACUUCAUCCGGAAGGCCACCCGGAACAUGGUGGACGGCUGGCUGGUGUCGCACGCCACACCGGUGACCUCGUCCGGCGGCAGCGGGAGCGCGUUGGAUUCGCCAACUCACGCUGCUGCCGGGGGUGUUGGUGGGGGUGGCGGCGGAGGAGGAGGAGUGAGUGGUGGGGUGGCCGGUCAGGGGACCAGUUCGUCCCGGGCCGGGUCGGGAGCGACGACGCCAGUGAGUUACACUUCCGGAUUAUUCUCCGGUUUCAUUCCUGAACUCUACGGGAUUCCACCCCGGUCGAGGAAAAUUUCCGCCCACGAGUUCGAGCGGGGAGGUCUGCUCAAGCCCAUCGUGAACACCAUCGACGGGACGCCGACGUUCCUCAGCAUCGGACCCCAGCACGAGGGCCCGCUCGGUGGGGGCGGCUGUGGCCAAAGUCAGCACGGGACGGCUCACGGAGGUCCCAGCGGAAGUCACCACCACCUGCACUACCGGCCGCAGCGGCUGUCGCGGAACGAACUGCGCCAGCUGGACGAACGGGAGCUGAUCUUCGAGCUGGUAAAGGACAUCUGCAACGAUCUGGACGUGCGGUCGUUGUGCCACAAAAUCCUACAGAACGUGUCAAUUCUGCUGAACGCCGACCGGGGCUCGCUUUUCCUGGUGCAAGGCAAGAGUACCUGCGGCAGUGAUAAUACCAAAAAAUGUUUAGUGUCUAAAUUGUUUGACGUGUGCUCGAGCAGCACGCUGGAGGAGAUGGAGCAGCAGGACGAGGUCAAGGUGGCGUGGGGCACCGGCAUCGCUGGCCACGUGGCCGAGAGCGGCGAACCCGUCAACAUCCCGGACGCGUACCAGGAUGAACGCUUCAACCGGGAGAUCGACAUCCAGACCGGAUACCGUACGCGGGCGCUACUCUGCAUGCCCAUCAAGGACAGUGCCGGGGACGUGGUUGGGGUGGCGCAGGUCAUCAACAAACAGGGCGACCAGUGCUUCUCGGUGGCGGAUGAGAAGGUCUUCUCGUCCUACCUGCAGUUCUGCGGCAUCGGCCUGCGCAACGCCCAGCUGUACGAAAAGUCCCAGCUCGAGGUGAAGCGCAACCAGGUGCUGCUCGAUCUGGCCCGCAUGAUCUUCGAGGAGCAGAGCACGAUCGAGCACAUGGUGUUCCGGAUACUGACGCACAUGCAGAGCCUCAUCCAAUGCCAAAGAGUUCAAAUCCUACUGGUGCACGAGGCUUCCAAGGGGAGCUUCUCGCGCGUGUUCGACUUUGAAGCCAAUGAUCUCAGCGGGGACCCGGAGGCGGAGGACGCGCGGACCAGCCCGUUCGAGUCGCGGUUCCCGAUCAACAUCGGCAUCACCGGUUACGUGGCGACGACCGGCGAGACUGUAAAUAUCUGCAACGCGUACGAGGACGAUCGCUUCGACCCGAGCGUCGACGACGGCCAGGGCUUCCGGCACAAAACGAUCCUCUGCAUGGCGAUCAAGAACUCGCUCGGGCAGAUCAUCGGCGUGAUACAGCUGAUCAACAAGUUUGACAGUCUGAUCUUUACCAAAAAUGACGAGAACUUUGUGGAGGCGUUCGCGAUCUUCUGCGGGAUGGGAAUUCACAACACGCACAUGUACGAGAAGGCGAUCGUGGCGAUGGCCAAGCAGAGCGUGACGCUCGAGGUGCUCAGCUAUCACGCGUCCGCCACGAUGGACGAUGCGACGCGGUUACGGCAAUUGAAGGUGCCAUCCGCGGCGUUCUACCAGCUGUACGACUUCAAGUUCGACGACCUGGAGAUGGAGGACAGCGACACGCUCAAGGCCUGCCUGCGAAUGUUCCUAGAUCUGGACCUGAUCGAGCGGUUCCACAUCGACUACGAGGUGCUGUGCCGGUGGUUGCUGUCGGUGAAGAAGAACUACCGCAACGUCACGUACCACAACUGGCGGCACGCGUUCAACGUGACCCAGAUGAUGUUCGCGAUCCUCACGUCGACCCAGUGGUGGAAGAUCUUCGGCGAGAUCGAGUGCCUCGCGCUGAUCAUCGCCUGCCUGUGCCACGAUCUGGACCACCGCGGGACCAACAACUCGUUUCAGAUCAAAGCCUCGUCACCGCUCGCUCAACUGUACUCCACGUCGACGAUGGAGCACCACCACUUUGACCAGUGUCUGAUGAUCAUCAACAGCCCCGGCAACCAAAUCCUGUCCAACAUGUCCUCCGAGGACUACAGCCGGGUGAUAAAAGUAUUAGAGGACGCGAUCCUGUCCACCGACCUGGCCGUGUACUUCCGAAAACGCGGCCCCUUCCUGAACUUGGUCAAGCCAAACACGGCGCCCGCGAUGUGGCAGGCGGAGGAACCACGAUCACUCCUUCGUGCGAUGAGCAUGACCGUGUGUGACCUGGCCGCGAUCACCAAGCCGUGGGACAUCGAGAAGCGCGUCGCGGAGCUGGUCAGUUCGGAGUUUUUCGAGCAAGGCGAUAUGGAGCGGCAGGCACUCAACAUUACGCCGAUUGACAUUAUGAAUCGCGAGAAGGAGGACCAGCUGCCGAUGAUGCAGGUUGGGUUCAUCGACUCGAUCUGCCUGCCGAUCUACGAGGCCUUCGCCUCCCUCUCGAACAAGCUGAACCCGCUGGUGGAGGGCGUGCGGGACAACAAGAACCACUGGCUCGAGCUGGCGCGCUCCUCUGAGGACAGGUUCGCCAACAACAACAAUGACACCACCAGCCAGAACAAUAACAAAAACAAGACCAACUUGAGUGCGGGGUCCAGCUGCAACAGCAAUAGCAACGCGACUACUCAAAAUUCCAGCGAAGAAACCAGCGAGGAGAGGCGACCUUCGGUGGGAUCAUCACCCGCGUCCCGGAGGUCACCCAACGGCUCGCCGACACCUCCGGCCACCGUCCAGGACAGUGACAACCACAGCAUAGGAAGCGCCGGCCACGCGGACAUUGCGGAGAAGAUUGUGGGCCGGCUCGGGGUCGAUCUGACCACGUCGUCACCGUUCACGGAAGUUCCGUCCUACCUGAUGGGCAAGAAGGAGAACGGCUGGGUGGGCGGUGGAGCCGCUGGAGCGGGCGAAAAAGUUCGCCUGCUGCGGUUGAGUUCGCUCGAGGCUAAACCGGCCACCGGCGAGCAACCCGUUUCGGACCAAUAAAUCAAACACAGAGACAACAACAAAAAGCAAAAGCAAGAACUGGACUAAAGUAUUUUACGAUUUACCGUAACCCAGCAAAAACGAAACGAAUUUAUUCCUAAAUAUAUUUACACAAAUCAAACAAGCACGCAGCAAGUAAGCAAGCAAGACGAGGCGAGGAGCGACCUCGGCCUCGAAAAACACUUUGACUGGGAAACAGUGAGAAAGGCUUCGGAGAAUGAUUUUAAAAACAAACACAAAC